GACUGAAGGGUUUAUAAGCCCACCAGGAGCUGCAGUUUCAGCAGCAGCAGCCUCACCGGGCCGUGAACAAUACUCGGAAGAGACUAGGAGAUAAACUAAAGACCAACCGUCCGUGUGAAAUCCUGCAAACAAGUUCAGGCACCCAACGGCGACACAAUGAAAGUGGCUGUUGUCUUUGUUCUGCUCUUCGCCGCAGUUCUCUGCAGGCCGGCGAGAAAAGUGUCUGACAGCAGUUCUGACAGCUCUGAGGAAGUGGUGAGACGACCAGCACCUCCAGCCGUUAGAAAACAGGCAGUGGUGGCUGCCAAGCAUCGGGCCAAACCUGUGCAGAACGUUGUAGCAGCAGCAGCAGCAGCGGGAUCAGACGAGAGCUCAGAGACUUCAGAGGAGAACCAGGGUGUGGCUGUGGAAAAAGCAACAGUCGAGUUCAAAGCUGCUGGGGUAGACACAAACGCCGCUCCGGUCUCUGACAAAGGCACGAACAGCCAAGACAGCGACGAUGAUGAUGAUGAUGAAGCAGAGGAGAGUGAAGCCGAGGAAGAGGAAGACGAGUCAGACUCUGACUCGGAGUCGGGUGAGUCCUCCACCCCCGCUCCCGGUACAGUCAGCCCUGUCGUCGUCACCGUGGAGCCUUUACCUGGAACCACGGUGGACACCAUCUUGCCCACCAUUGUCACGGACCCUGAUGCAGGCCGCGGUGACAAUCUGGGAGGAUACCCCGGCGACUACAAAUCUAUCGUCUAUGUGGAGGAGAAGACCUACCACAAGAUGUCUGGUCCUUACAAGUCCUACGAGUUUGUUGACAGUGGAAAGAAGACGGGCUAUGACAUGACAGAUGGUAACGAGGUGGAGAAGUCACCAAAGGUGUACAAGGUACAGGCUUUUCACACCCAAUCCCAACUCUUGGAGGAGGACACCAGCACCCCGGAGGUGGAGACCCAAAGCCUUGAUGUGUCCUCAGGCACAUCCCAGGAUCAGGACAUCAGCCACCGCCAGGCCUCCCUUCCAGAGGAGGCCAGCACCACCUCAGAGAGUGACAGCAGCAGCACUCCGGAGGAAGAGGGGGAGGAGAGUGCCAGCUCCACCAGCAGCAGCGCUAGCGCAGAGUCCGACGACGAGGAGAGCCAGAGCAAUGAGGAGACGACGGCCACGCCCGGAGCUGCUGACAGCGACUCAGACGAGAGUGAAAGCAGCGAGGGUGACUCAAACGAGGAGGGCGAAGGACCCGACGCCACGGCCGACAUGCCAGCAGUCCUCACAGCCAAAUAAACCACAGAGGGGGCAGAGCCUCAUCCCAGUGCAAAGACCUCCCCCCUCUCCUGAGGCCACUCCCACUGCAGGGUCAAACAGGGAAACCUAGACUCGUGAAUAUUAAUACUAACCGUCACCAUUUUGCUGAUUAUUUCUGCUCUUCUUUAGAAAUCUGAUGUUUUUGUUGUGGUUUAUUUAAAUGAAGCCAUGAAUGCUGCAUCCGUUCAUUAGAGCUAAUAAAUCUAAAGUGUGGUCUAGAGUUUCAUGUGGUGUUGAUAAUGAUGGCUGCUUCCUGAGGUUACCUGACCAUGCUGUCGUUGUCCUCCUGUUUUCUGCAGCGGCAAAACGUCCAACCUGAAAAAGAAAACACGCAAACUUUAGUUUCCCAACGACUCUAAAACGGCCACCCACGCCCGGUCGUUUUGGUGCUUCUGCAAUCAAAUAAAACACUUGCAAUAAUUCUGAGUAUAAAACAAGUAAAACUUGAAUUUAAAGCCUCACAUUCUGUUCCUGUAAGGCAAAGCCUCCGAGCUCGCUCGUGACUAGCUUUACUGGUGUAGGUGUAAACAAACAAACAAUCAUUACUGUUGAGGGCUCUACUCCUUCAUCAGUCCUGUAAACACACGGUCCUGUUCAUUUGCACAGUUUCUACCUUCACCACGUGUUUCUCCCAUGUUGUUUACAGUCAUGUGUAUCAUAAUGUACCAUUUCAAAAAUAUGAAUAAAGUUCUUUUUCAUAGAAAAACAAA